CAAAAAGAAUGUGAAUGAUGUGGAACUGCGUAUGAAAGCCUAUCAGGAGAACGUUAACAAAAAAGUGUUGAUAGAUUGGGUGCGUCUGACUGGAUUACCUAAUCCCCGAAGGCGAAAACUGGACGUUUUACUUAACGAUUUUGCACAGGACAUAGUGAAAUAUCCAAGUUCACGUGGAACGGCAUUUACAUGGCCAUCUCCCGCUGGAUUUUAUGGCAAUCAUAUGGCAAUAAGGGCUAGAAUGUCCUACGAUUUUUGGAAGCACUUCCUUAGUGAGGGUCGAAAAGCUUUAUACGAAUAUAACAAAUUUCACGGAACCGAAAUCAAACUGAGCAGAGAGAAGACGCUUCCUAUAACGGAGCAAGAACGUUUGGGGUUGUUUAUAAGGAAAAAAUUCGAGAUGCGUAUCAUAGCAAAGGUUUGAAGGUUCCAGAAGUUAGUUUAAGGAAGAGCCUCCUGAAAAUUGGUGAAAACGAGCCGGUAAAACCUGCUAUUGCUGUCGUUCUGCUAAAUCUGGAUAUAAAUGAGUGGCAUGGUCUCCCACCAGAAAGUUUGUUAAGUGACGAAGAAAAAGUUCUGGUAGAGAAUGGAUCUAUAAAAAGGGGGAGUUGGAUUCUUCCGGAUGAUGUGCUUGGAAACGGUGUUGAGAAAGAAGUAGUGGUAGCAGAAAAUGAGUAAUGGAUUGUAAAGUAAAGGUUUAAGUUCAUGGACUGUAAAGUUUGUGCAGAUAAAUAUUUGUUGAGAAA